GCAACCAUAUUAAGCUGGAAGGAUAAAGCACCUUUGUAGUUGCUGCUUCUAUUGAAUUACAAUGUAAAUGUUGAUGCCUGCCUGGAAACGUCAAAUGACAAUAGGUUUAUGGAAGGGAUUCAGUCGUUUGCAGCUCUGCAAUCCUGGGCUGCAGAAUUGAGAUGGAAGAGGUGCGCUUGAGCCCUUUGAGUGUCUGUUCAACCAAAUUUCUUCAUCCCAUCAAAAUCAGCCACUCCCUACCCGCCGAGGUCAAGAAAGGAUGCUGCUGCUGCUGUUCAGUCGCUGUCGUGUCUGCUUAUCUAUUUAUAAGUCUAGCCGUCUACCGUAUCUUUUACACAUUGGGACAUGACAUGUUGUUUGUUGUGGAUAAGAAUGUUAAAAAUGCAAUUACGUAACAGACUUGGCGAUCUUUGCGCUUUUCGCCCCCUCGGAGCACAACGUAAACUUCAGUCCCUUAUUCUUCUGACACUGUCCAACACUGUCCUCUUAAUGUGGGUAUUAAAAGCCUCGUGGUUGUGCUGCGCAUUUGAUUCCGGUUGGCUUGGGACACCCGAGUUCAGCUCUCCUUAGUCCUUCCGUUCGACCCACAAUCCCUAGUGGUUGCAGGUGUUGGUUUUUUUUUUUUUUCCUGGUUAACUUCUCUCCUUCAAAGUCCCCCGACCCCUCACCCCAGGCCGGCCCCCGGGAAGAAGGGAAACGUAGCACGAAGUCUGCUCCAAGCACCGACCCUCAGCUCCCACGGCCCGCCGCUGGGCUGCAAGCGUGCCGCCGCUCCACUCAGGUAAACUUCGGAGUGAGUUACCUGCACUUGGAGAAGGGCCUUACCUGAGCGCGCCUCUGCCAAUGGCAGCGCACCUGAGGGAGCCCCGCAGCCAAUCACCGCGCAGCUCGUCCCUCGGGCUCGUACCCUUUAGUGAAAGAAUUCAGCUCCUUGCGAGAAAGUUACCUGUGGCCGCCCAAGUCCGCCACUUUCUGCUCUGUGGCUGCCCAUUGCCACGAUUCGGGAGGGACUCCGCGCCGCCCGGCCGCCUCCGAGCUCGGGCCCCAUGUGAGGGGCCCCCCCCUUAUCCCACCUUUCCGGCUAGUAAUAAACGACUGGUGGCCUUAGUGCCCAUGCCCAGUGAGCCUCCAUUUAAUACCCGAAGAGCCUACACCAGUGAGGAUGAAGCCUGGAAGUCGUAUUUGGAGAACCCCCUGACGGCGGCCACCAAGGCUAUGAUGAGCAUCAACGGUGACGAGGACAGCGCGGCCGCGCUUGGCCUGCUGUACGACUACUAUAAGGUUCCUCGAGACAAGAGGCUACUGUCUGUAAGCAAAGCAAGCGACAGCCAAGAGGACCAGGAUAAGAGAAACUGUCUCGGCACGAGUGAAGCCCAGAGUAAUUUGAGCGGAGGAGAAAACCGAGUGCAGGUCCUGAAGACUGUUCCAGUGAACCUUUCCCUGAAUCAAGACCACCUGGAGCAUUCCAAGCGGGAGCAAUACAGCACGAACGUCCCCGAGAGCCCAGCCAUCAUCCCUGUGUCAGGAAUCACAGUGGUGAAGGCUGAAGAUUUCACCCCGGUUUUCAUGACCCCACCUGUGCACUAUCCCCGAGGAGAAGGGGAGGAGCAACGCGUGGUUAUCUUUGAACAGACUCAGUAUGGCGUGCCGUCCAUGGCCGGCCAUAGCACCUACCUCAAGGACGACCAGCGGAGCACCCCGGACAGCACUUACAGCGAGAGCUUCAAAGACGGAAACACAGAGAAAUUUCGGAGUGCUUCGGUUGGGGCUGAGGAGUACAUGUACGAUCAGACAUCAAGUGGCACAUUUCAGUACACCCUGGAAGCCACCAAAUCUCUCCGUCAGAAGCAAGGGGAGGGCCCGAUGACCUACCUCAACAAGGGGCAGUUCUAUGCCAUCACGCUCAGCGAGACGGGGGACAACAAGUGCUUCCGACACCCCAUCAGCAAAGUCAGGAGCGUGGUGAUGGUGGUCUUCAGUGAGGACAAAAACCGAGAUGAGCAGCUGAAAUACUGGAAGUACUGGCACUCUCGGCAGCACACCGCAAAGCAGAGGGUCCUCGACAUUGCUGAUUACAAGGAGAGCUUUAAUACGAUUGGCAACAUUGAAGAGAUUGCCUAUAAUGCUGUUUCCUUCACCUGGGAUGUGAAUGAAGAAGCAAAAAUUUUCAUCACCGUGAACUGCCUGAGUACAGAUUUCUCCUCCCAAAAAGGAGUGAAAGGACUUCCUUUGAUGAUUCAGAUUGAUACAUACAGUUAUAAUAAUCGUAGCAAUAAACCCAUUCAUAGAGCUUAUUGCCAGAUCAAGGUCUUCUGCGACAAAGGAGCAGAAAGAAAAAUCCGAGAUGAAGAGAGGAAGCAGAACAGGAAGAAGGGGAAAGGCCAGGCCUCCCAGACCCAGUGCAACAAUUCCUCUGAUGGGAAAUUGGCAGCGAUACCGUUACAGAAGAAGAGUGAUAUCACCUACUUCAAGACAAUGCCUGAUCUGCACUCCCAGCCCGUCCUCUUCAUACCUGAUGUUCACUUCGCAAACCUGCAGAGAACAGGACAGGUGUAUUACAACACGGAUGAUGAACGAGAAGGCAGCAGUGUCCUUGUGAAACGGAUGUUCAGGCCCAUGGAAGAGGAGUUCGGUCCAGCACCCUCUAAGCAAAUGAAAGAAGAAGGGAUGAAGCGAGUGCUUCUGUACGUGAGGAAGGAGACGGAUGACGUGUUUGAUGCCUUGAUGUUGAAAUCCCCCACCGUGAAGGGCCUGAUGGAAGCGGCCCUGCUAGAGCACCGGCUAGUCAGAGUCCCAAACCUCACCAGCGCCAGCCGUUUGUGCACCACGCCAGCCACUGGACUCAAGAGAUUUCUGAGAAAUAUGGGCUGCCCGUGGAGAAGAUAGCAAAGCUUUACAAGAAAAGCAAAAAAGGCAUCCUGGUGAAUAUGGACGACAACAUCAUUGAGCACUACUCGAAUGAGGACACCUUCAUCCUCAACAUGGAGAGCAUGGUGGAAGGCUUCAAGAUCACACUCAUGGAAAUCUGAGCCCCACUCUGGGCUGCAGCCC